UUUUCAAAUUUAUACCAUUGACGUAUAAGUUCAUUAAUUCAACUAUAUUAUUUUCAUAACUGACAAAUGUCAGCCAUUGCACACUCCAGCACUAUAGACAAAAAGAGGACCGGAAAUGAAGAUGGGCACUCCAUAAUUUCUACCUCGUCUGGCGGAGACCCUGGGUUCCAGCCGUACCGUUUAACUGCGGCAGAGCUUGCGAAGAGGCUUAAUACCAGCAUUGAAGAUGGUCUUACCCCUCUUCAGGCAGAGGAAAACCUCAAGAAGUACGGAGCCAACAGUUUGGGAGACGGCGAGAAAAUCUCAUACACCAAGAUUUUGGCUCAUCAGGUAUUCAACGCCAUGAUCUUGGUUUUGAUCAUUUCCAUGAUCAUAGCCUUGGCCAUCAAGGAUUGGAUUUCUGGAGGUGUCAUUGGGUUUGUCGUGGGAAUCAACAUCUUCGUCGGUUUCAUCCAAGAGUUCAAGGCUGAAAAGACCAUGGGUUCCUUGAGAUCCUUGUCUUCUCCAACAGCCAGAAUUACCAGAAAUGGUGACGAUACGACAAUUCCUGCCGAAGAGGUCGUACCUGGUGAUAUUGUCCACAUCAGAGUUGGAGACACCGUUCCAGCCGAUCUCAGAUUGUUUGAUUCCAUGAACUUGGAAACAGACGAAGCCUUAUUGACUGGAGAAUCGUUGCCAGUAACCAAAGACCACAACGAAACGUACUUGGACUUCACCCAGCAAGUUCCAGUGGGUGAUAGAUUGAAUUUGGCUUACUCUUCUUCAAUUGUCUCCAAAGGACGUGGAUCCGGUAUCGUUUAUGCUACCGGUUUACAGACGGAAAUUGGAAACAUCGCCAGCUCUUUGAAGAGCGACACUGGGCUCAUCAGAAAGGUUGACAAGUCCAACAAUAGAAAACCCAAGAAGAGUGAAUACGGAAAGGCUUUCUUCGGUACCAUCUACGAUAUUGUAGGUAACGUCUUGGGUAUCAACGUCGGAACUCCUUUACAGAGAAAAUUAUCGUGGUUAGCUAUUUUCUUAUUCUGUGUCGCCGUAGUCUUUGCUAUAGUCGUUAUGGCUUCUCAAAAGUUCAAUGUGAACAAGGAAGUUGCCAUUUACGCUAUUUGUGUGGCUCUUUCUAUGAUUCCUUCAGCUUUAAUUGUCGUUUUGACAAUUACCAUGGCUGUAGGGGCACAGGUCAUGGUUUCCAAACAUGUUAUUGUCCGUAAGCUCGACUCUUUAGAAGCCUUGGGAGGUAUUAAUGACAUCUGUUCCGACAAGACAGGGACCUUGACCCAAGGUAAGAUGAUUGCUAAAAAGGUUUGGUUACCUACAAUUGGAACCCUCAAUGUUGACAACUCUGAUGAACCAUACAACCCAACUGUAGGAGACGUUCGUUAUACGAGAUUUUCUCCCAAAUUCAUUAAGGAAACAGACGAAGAAAUAGACAUUAAUUCUCCUUAUCCAGAUGACCCCAAGCCUCGCAACUUUCACAACUGGUUGAUGACAGCUACUAUGGCUAACAUCGCUACUAUUCACACUUCCGCCGACGAGGAAACAGGUGAAACCGUAUGGAAAGCCCAUGGAGAUGCAACUGAAAUCGCAAUUCAGGUCUUUACUACAAGAUUGAACUACGCUCGUGACUCGCUUACCCAUGAAUACGACCAUAUCAACGAGUUUCCUUUUGACUCUUCUAUUAAGAGAAUGUCAGCCGUCUAUAAGCACAUUGAAUCUGGUGAAAUCAGAGUUUACAGUAAAGGUGCUGUAGAAAGAUUAUUAGGCAUUUGCACCCAAUGGUACGGCCAUGAUGAUGAUUCAGACAAGUUGUAUGAUAGUCAAGAACCAAUUCCCUUGACCGAAAGUGACAAGGAGUUGAUUGAAGAAAAUAUGGCUGCAUUGUCAUCUCAAGGUCUCAGAGUUUUGGCUUUUGCUACCAAGAAGGUCGAAGACAAGGAGUUGGACUUGAACGACAGAGAUCAAGUUGAAAGCGAUUUGAUCUUCCAGGGUCUUAUCGGCAUCUAUGACCCUCCCAGAAUUGAAACCGCAGGAUCUGUUAAGUUGUGCCACAGAGCUGGUAUCAAUGUCCAUAUGUUGACUGGUGACCACCCCGGUACUGCUAAGGCUAUAGCCCAAGAGGUAGGUAUCUUGCCUCACAACUUGUACCACUACAGCGAUGAAGUUGUAAAGGUAAUGGUUAUGACAGCUAACGAGUUUGACUCCUUGUCUGACGAAGAAAUCGACAACUUGCCAGUUUUGCCUUUGGUUAUUGCCAGGUGUGCUCCUCAGACAAAGGUCAGAAUGAUUGAAGCUUUACAUCGUCGUAAUAAGUUCUGUGCCAUGACAGGUGACGGUGUUAAUGAUUCUCCAUCCUUGAAGAAAGCAGACGUUGGUAUUGCUAUGGGCCUUAACGGUUCUGAUGUCGCUAAGGAUGCUUCCGAUAUUGUCUUAACUGAUGACAAUUUCGCAUCCAUUCUUAACGCUGUUGAAGAAGGAAGAAGAAUGGCAGCCAACAUUCAGAAAUUUGUCUUGCAAUUGUUAGCUGAAAAUGUUGCUCAAGCUCUCUACUUAAUGAUUGGUUUGGCUUUCAUCGACAAUGCCGGAUUAUCUGUUUUCCCAUUGUCACCCGUAGAAGUAUUGUGGAUCUUGGUUGUCACUUCCUGUUUUCCAGCUAUGGGUUUGGGUCGUGAGAAAGCUUCAGAUGAUGUCUUGGAACAACCUCCUAAUGCCGAGAUCUUUACCUGGGAAGUUAUCAUCGAUAUGCUUGCAUACGGAAUCUGGAUGGCAGUCUGUUGUUUGCUUACUUUUGUUAUCAUUGUCUUCAUUGACGGAAACGGCUACUUAGGUGUUGACUGUAACUCCAACAGCUCGAAUCCUGGUACAUGUGACUUGGUCUUCAGGGGAAGAUCCGCUUCGUUUGCUACUAUGACUUGGUGUGCAUUGAUAUUGGCCUGGGAAUGUAUCCAUCCUACUAAUUCUUUAUUCCGUAUGAGACAAGACACAGAUCACCCAUGGUGGAAGCAGACUGCCAUAGAUUUGUGGAGUAACAAGUUCUUGUUCUUCUCUGUCAUCGGCGGUUUCGUUUCGGUUUUCCCAGUUGUCUACAUUCCUGUUAUCAACACCAAAGUUUUCUUACACAAGCCUAUCGGCUACGAAUGGGGUGUUGCUGUGGGUCUCUCUGUCUUGUACUUGCUUGGAAGUGAAGCCUGGAAAUGGGCCAAGAGGGUUUAUAGACGUAAGGUUUCCUACAAGGCUAAGAACCCUGAAUACGAAUUGGAAAGAAACGACCCAUUCCAGAAAUACGCUUCUUUCUCUCGUUCCAAUACCAUGGACAAGACCGAUUACUUAGUUUAGAUUCACACUGCUUUGCAUUGUUUCAUUUCUAUAUUUCAUUUCUAUGUUUCAUUUCUUGUGGUUCUCUAUAUUCCACAUACGUUAGAGCAUUUCUAUUUUUUAGUUUGAUUUUCAUCCCAUCUAUUCAUUUACUUUAUAAAUAUCCACGAUAAUAAAUAAUCAAU